AUGGCAACUGGUAUUGCGAAGACUAUUGUGGCGACAGGAGCCACUUCAGGCUUGGGCUUCGAACUCGUAAAACAGCUUCUUGCGCAGACCCAGCCGUACAAGCUCAUCCUCGGAGCUAGGGACACGAAGACGGCGCAGGCAGCCUUCGAUAACUUGGAAUACGACAACGCCAAGCACAGCUUGACCAUCUUUCCGCUGGAGUUGUCAAACCUGAAAACGGUCAAGGCCUUCUCGCAGCAUGCCCUUAGUAAAAUUGGGCAGGACAACGUCGACUACCUACUACUCAAUGCGGCUAUAUCGAAGAGCACUGACGAGCCCGGUCAUCACGGCUCCAAGUGGAGCGAAUCCUACAUAGUCAACCAUCUUUCCCAGCAUUACCUCACCCAUCUGCUUCGAGAGAAGUUGGAGGCGUCACGCUCGCGCAUCGUAAUCGUCUCCAGCGGAGGCGUCCGCGAGAUCACAGAUCCCGACCGACUUGAGGCAGAGGUAAAUGGCGCCUCGAAGCCGCCACUAGGUGUGUACUGCGCCACGAAGUUCGCCCAACUUCUCGGGGCGCACUGGUGGCGUCGCCAACUCCAAGGCACAUGCACAGUUGUCGCGGUCUCGCCGGGGUUGAUCCCAGGUACAGGGCUCAUGCGCAACGGCUCUGUUGAGAUUCCUGCGAACCACCCGGACGCGAAGAGCGUCGCGGAAGGGGCUCAAAGCAUCUACCGCGCUUUCACGCGAGACGACUUCCCCGAGGACCCGGAUCAGAUCUUCCUAACGAGCUGGGGCGAGUGGUGGCCUAAAGACGUGUAUAAGCUCACGCUGAACAAGAAGCUGCAGGACCAGUGGUCCCCCAGCCAGGACGAGAUUGAGAAGGAAGAGGGCAUAUCCGCUUAG